CUGUACAGCAGAACAAACAAACACAAAUGGAUAUUUUGGUGACUUUGAUACCUCUUUUUUUCCUCACAAAACCAGUUUUGGGUUUUGGAUCAGAUCAAGAUUACCAGAUUGAUAUCAUCAAUGAACUUGACCUGGCUAAUGCCACCUAUGGAAUUACCCAAGUCGCGGGGCUACACAACAGCAGCAAAGCCUUCUUGUUUCGAGAUGUGGGGAGAGCUGUGUAUGCUCCAGAACACCUCACGGAGAGGGUGGUGCAGAUGUUCCGGAGUAAGACGGAGUUCACCUUCCUGGCCUCCAUCCAGCAGAAGGCGUCCACCUCUGGAGUCAUCUUCUCCAUCCACGAGUCAGAGCACAGCUACUUUGAGCUGGAGAGCAGUGGCGUGAGGGAGGAGAUACGCUACCACUACCGCUUCAACGGCAAGCCCCGCUCCGAGUCCUUCCCCUACCGCCUGGCCGACGGACAGUGGCACAAGAUCGCACUCACCAUCAGCGCCACGCACCUCCUGCUCCACGUCGACUGCAACAGGAUCUACGAGCGGCUGAUCGACCCUCCGCAGACGGAGCUCACGGCCGGCAGUGGAGUGUGGCUGGGCCAGCACACCCACAAACACGGCCUGUUCAAGGGCGUCAUUCAGGACGUGAAGCUGAUCUUCGCUCCGAAUGGCUACAUCUCCCAGUGCCCUAACCUGAACCGCACCUGUCCGACCUGCAGUGAUUUCCUGAGCCUGGUGCAGGGUAUCAUGGACCUGCAGGAGGUGCUGGCCAAGAUGACCCUGAAGCUGAACUACGCAGAGACCAGGCUGACCCAGUUGGAGGGGUGCCACUGUGAGCGGAUGUGCAGCGCCAACGGCCUCCUCUACCGGGACAAGGAGCUGUGGCUGGAGCCCGAGAACUGCCGCAACUGUGCCUGCAAGAACGGCGUGGUGGAGUGCCGGCGGAUCUUCUGUCCGCCGGCCAACUGUUCCAAGGACUCUCUGGCCGUGCACAUCAACGGCACCUGCUGCAAGAAGUGUCGACCUAAAUGCACCUACAUGGGCCAGAGCUUCUCAGAAGGUCAACGCUUCCUGUCCAAGAGUUGCAGGGAAUGCAAGAACGGUCUGAUGGUGAAGGUGGCCGAGCCGUGUCCGGAGCUAAACUGCACGCGCGCCGACCAGAUCCUCCCCGACAACAGAUGCUGCAACGUCUGCAAAGGCUACGAUUUCUGCACGGAGGGACUCGUUUGCGGGGAGAACUCCGAGUGCCGGAGCCGGAGCACCAGGGCCGAGUGUGAGUGCCGGAGCGGCUUUGCGUCAAGCCACGGGGACUCCACUUACUGCGAAGAUAUCGACGAGUGCGCCACCCAGAUGCACUACUGCCAGUCCAACACAGCCUGCGUCAACUUCCCUGGCAGCCACCGCUGCGACUGCCUCCCAGGCUUCAUCAGAGUGGAUGAAUACUCCUGCACCGAGCGUGACGAGUGCGCCGCCGGCCAGAGCUCCUGCGACGACAACGCCAUUUGCACCAACACCAUCCGAGGCCACCUGUGCACCUGCAAGCCCGGCUACGUGGGCAACGGCACCACCUGCAGAGCCUUCUGUGAGGACGGAUGCCGUAACGGAGGGACCUGUGUGUCUCCAAACAGCUGUGUGUGUCCCUCAGGGUUCACAGGACGCCACUGCGAGACAGAUAUUGACGAGUGUGCGGAGGGCCUGAUCGAGUGCCACAACCAUUCCCACUGUGUCAACCUCCCGGGCUGGUACCACUGUGAGUGCAGAGACGGUUACCAUGACAACGGCUCCUACCUGCUCGACGGCGGCUCCUGUGCCGACGUGGACGAGUGCAGCCUGCAGACGCACACCUGCUGGAACGACAGCGUGUGCGUGAACCUCCCGGGGGGCUACGACUGUGUGUGCGCCUCCGGGCCCGGCUGCAGUGGCGACUGCCCCCACGAGGGCGGGGUCUGGCGCAACGGGGAGGACUGGAAGCCCAGCUACGACCCCUGCGCCGUCUGCUCCUGCAAGGACAGCCAGACGUUCUGCAGGAGGGAACCGUGCGACUGUGGGGACCCCAGGGAGGACCUCUCCUGCUGCCCCAGCUGUGACCAGCGUCCCAGCAGCCAGUGUCUGGACCAGAGUGGCCGGCUGCUCUACCGCAGUGGGGCCUCCUGGCUCUACAACUGUCACCAGUGUCACUGUAUGGAGGGCGAGGUGGAGUGCUGGCCGCUGCAGUGUCCCGUGCUGACCUGUGAGUACGCGGCGGUGGCGGAGGGCGAGUGCUGCCCGCGCUGCGUCAGCGACCCCUGCCAGGCCGAGCGCCUCCCCUACGACGUCCGCCGGACCUGCCGCGACCCGGCUGGCGCCGCCCGGCUCAGCGGCGCCUCGUGGCGCAUGCCCAGCUCCCCAUGCACCACCUGCAAGUGCAAGAACGGGAACGUCUGCUGCUCCGUGGACCCCGACUGCCUCCAGAACUACUGA